GUCCAUGAGCAGAGACCAUAAUUGAAGUCUUAUUUGACUUUAAACAAUAAACUCAAAAUGGAAAUUAAUAAUUAAAAAGGUUAAAUUUUGUAAAGAUUUUUCUUUUAAAGAGAAAUGAGAAAUCUUUACUCUGUUAGGGUGUGGUGUGUAGUAUAUAUACUGAGGGAAUGUGAAGAGACCCAACAAAGAUUAUACAAUCGCGAGAGGCUUCUCUGUCUAGUUGUGAAACAGAAGAAAGAAUCAAUCUUUCGUCAAUGGAGCCUGACGUGGUGGAGAUCGCUCCUCCUCUGUUCCCUUCUGGUUCGAGAACUCGUAAACCUAGAAAGGCUGGAAUUCCUGAAGUGAUCGAUGUGGAACACUAUGAGUUUCGCAAUGCUAACCUUGUCGAUAAGAAGAACAAAGGGAAGGCUAUACAAGACGGCUCCUUGUAUGAUCAUUUGGCUGAUGAAGAAGUGGUGAUGUCUACUACUCAACCUUGGGGGUUUCCGAGUUCUAGCAGCAAGAGAUCUAGAAGAAGCAGUUCCGCUAGCUCUUCUCGUCCUAGAGCUGCUGUGGAGGUUGUUGUUUCUUCAGCUCAGGCUAAUUUUCUGAGGGACUUUAAAAGAUUUGACACUGUUGAUAAUUUCUCAAAACAUCACUAUGCUUCUCAGGGGAACGCUUCAAAGCAGCACUCAAGGACUUGGGUGAAAAAGAUUCAAGCAGACUGGAAGAUUCUUGAGAAUGAUUUGCCAGAAACAAUAUCUGUGAGAGCCUGUGAAUCAAGAAUGGAUCUUUUGAGAGCUGUAAUUGUUGGAGCUGAGGGGACUCCUUACCAUGAGGGUCUUUUCUUUUUCGAUAUUCACUUCCCUGACACCUAUCCUUCAGUGCCACCAAUGGUUCAUUACCAUUCUGGUGGGCUUAGAAUCAACCCAAAUCUAUACAACUGUGGUAAAGUAUGCUUGAGUCUUCUCGGUACCUGGAAUGGUAACGCUAGGGAGAAAUGGCUCCCACAGGAGUCCACAAUGUUACAGCUUCUCGUCUCAAUCCAAGCACUCAUCUUGAAUCAAAAGCCUUACUUUAACGAACCUGCCUAUGAGCGGACCAAGGGGACUCCAUCAGGCGAGGCUCAUUCCAAAUUUUACAGUGAGAACGUAUACGUUUUAUCGUUGAGGACAAUGGUUUACAGCAUGAGAAAACCACCCAAGCACUUCGAAGAGUUUGUUCGCAGCCAUUACUUUGAGCGGGCUCACGAUAUAGUGAAAGCGAGCAAUGCUUAUAUAGAUGGAGCUCCUGUUGGUUCUAUAGUUAAAGGCGGUGUUCAAGACAUUGAAGAAAGUAGCGAGAAUGGUUCCAUGAAGUUUAGGACCGAAGUGGCUACCUUUAUGAAGACAGUUGUGGAAGAGUUGGUUAAGUUAGGUGUGAAGGAGCUUGAAGAUAAACUGAAACCACCACCUAACGCAGAGGGCAGUAACAAAUCAAACUGUAAGAGAAGCAUAUCAUCGAGGUGAGCCAAGUCCAAGUAUUUUGUUUCAUUAAUCAUCUCCAAGCAGAAGAAGGAACUCAUCUUCUUAUGAUUUGUUAUUUUAGAAACUGAGAAGUAAUUCUCUCUCAUCAUUUUAAGUUGAUGAUUUUUUUUUUCCAGUCGUAUGUGUUAUUAGCAUUCAGUAUCUGAUUGAUUACUUUUAGAUUUUAAUUUUUGAUUUCUGUCAACAGGUUGAGUCUUUAUAUUUAUUGUUUUGUUGUUGUUGGUUAUUUGGUGGUAACAUCAAAGAACUUCUCUCGAAUAUUGGACGCUACCUCUCAUCUAACACGGACGGAGUAGAGAAAUCGUGACUCUUUAUAAUUAAUUUUUAAGAAAAAUUAUUUUCAUUAUUUCAGUAUAUAUUUUUGAUUAUGAGUUAGUUUAACACAUAUUACAGUUUUAAAUAUAUAACUCACACGUAUCACAAUCAUGUUAAUUAAUAAAAAAAAAAUUUUGAUGAAAUUUCAAAUUUAUUGAUCAAUCAAAAGGAAACAUUUACAAAGAAUAUGCUAGAAAAUGAGGUUCUUUUGCAUGUAUACUACUAUAAUUCUAUUCUACUUCUAAGCAUAAACUUCAAACCAUCUACACAUAAGGCCACUAAGUUUAUGAUCAGCCUUGUAUUUAAGAGAGGAAAUCCUGUUCUUGACGGUCUUGUUGACUAUGGAUAUCAUCUGCUCAGUUCCAUGUAUCCCACGGUUGUGCCUAAGGAAGAAGGAGGAUCUGUAUUAUCCUAAGGAAGAAGGAGGAUUGUGUUAUUUAUGCUUCCUUAGAGCACCCCCAUUGAAGGUUUAUGGGAGAGUUCACACAGAAAUCAAGAAAAAAAUAAAAUAAAAUAAUUCAAUCCCAUGAACUCUUCUCUCCUAAAACUCUUUUGGCUGAACCCCUCUCUCCUAAAGUUCAUCACUGUAGCACGGACUCCACGUGUCAUGACGGCCCGCGAUUGGUCUGGUUUUUUUUUACUUUUAUUUUUUUUUAAAAGCCAAAAAAAAGAAAAAAA